AUUUCAGAUUCUUUUCUCUGAAGAUUCUUCAAAAGUUCUUCAUUUGAAGCUGCAGCAAAUAAAAAACGAAAUGUAAAGACGGAUGAACAGAAUAAACAGACAAUCGGCCGGAAGGACAGACAGACAGAUCACCUCUGAGCUCGGCGGAUUCUUGUUCUACUUUGCGUCGUUCCUGUCGCUCAUGCGCCACUUGCUGCUGGUACGCAUCUGCGUAAGUGCAAAACACAUGCCAAUCAUACAUGAGCAGCCAAUAACAAUCGAAGUCUAACAAACUGUCCAAUCACAAUUACCGUGUAGUAUUUUCAUCUCCGUCUCCUUUCGCUGCAACGUUGCUGCAAUCUCGUCUUUCUCGGCUGAGGAAAAAGACAAAAGGAAAAAAAUAAAAUAAAAUAGUCAAUUCAUUACCAAGGUGCUCUUGAGAAGAGAAUAAAACAUCUUUGUCGUCUUUUGCUUCAAUAAAAAUUCCUUGACUUGAAUAUUGGUAUUCCCACACAAACUUCUCUAACUAGUGACGUUGAUGUCAUUCGGAUUACACGUUUCUUGCAUAAUAACUGCCUAAGGUGGCCACGGUAGCGCGCGUCGCAUCAGAUAGCGCAUUUGUCGCAUCCUCAUGUUUAACUUCACAAAAUUGCCAAGUUGGCCACGGUAGCGCGCGUCGAACUGCAGAAGGUAUUUACCUUUAAGCCGUUUCCUCUCCGGGUCCGCCAAGUCGUCAUCGCUUGCUCUUUUUUGUCCUCGGGGUGAAUCUGAAAGAAGGUCGGAAGAUAAGACUUCUAUAUAGCGGAUACUUUGUUAUAGACCUUUGUGGUUUCACUAGUACUUCUUGCAAAAUAAAAAGGUUGAGCGGAUGGAACGAAACAAAGGUGUUAUCAACCUCGGUGAAAACCAUGCUCAAGUGAAUGGCACGGACCGACGUGAGUUGACAGACGUUCUGGAUACCUUGCCAAGUACAGCAUUGCUUGAAUAUAAUACCGUUUCUAACUAGCUAGCUCGCUAAUAGCUCGCUCAAAUGUGAAUCAUGUGGCAGAAAAAGGGUGCCCUUCCUGCUUUUAGAACAAUUAAGAUAUAUUUUUCCAAUAUGCACUCAAAAGGUGACCAAAUGACAAAAAAGGUCUAGGUCUAGGUCUAGCCAAACAAAUGACAAAUUUGUACAAUGUUAAAAAAGUUGGAAAAAGCCCAAUUAAAUAUACUUCCUACUUUCAUAUAAAAUGAAAUACAGUGUGUCUAAUGACUAAUGCCAGUGAGUAAAACAUUGUGAUUGGGUGAACGUGUGUGGUGUUACAAAUUUUCCUCAACAUCACAAAUCCAAUUUUAAAAAUAAAACAACAAAUCAGGCUUUAGCGUAAUUAAAAAAUAACUCACGUCGUCAUAUUAGGCAAUCCAUCAAAUUUAAUGUUUUCACUUUUUAUGAUUGUUUGUUGCCAAACAAAGGAAACACAGAAACAUUACCUAUGUAUUUUAUUAUGGUAUCCUUUUUAAAUGAUAUAAGGACGCAUUCUCACGCGCUCUACACGAGAUUGAAAAUUGUUAUUUUUUUAUAAGGUGAUUGAUUCUAAAAUACAGGUAAUUUAAACAACGCAGGCAAUUCAUAAUAACACCUGCCUUAUGGGCUGAACGAGUUUGCUGCCAGAACAGGGCCCAGGUUAAAUAUAUAAACGCAUAAAACAAGUUCAGUAACACUUCGUGGAGCAAUAGAUAUUAAAAAGAGUAAGUACCAUGAAGAAGAACAGUUUUAUAAGCUGUGGUUUAUUAUGUACAUGUCUCUGACAAAUGUGACAAGAAUAUUGACAUCCCCUGUGAAAAAUAUUGUGCAGCGCGCUUAAUUUCACGCUUUGGUUUAAUUAUAACUUAUAACAACGAUAAGCUGAAAAACCUGCAAGGAAUGGCGAUGAACAUGUAGUGUUCUUGCAGGAUUUCAGUUUGUGUGCAGCAUAUUUUUCGAUUUUAAUCAUUGAACUUCAUCUUAAAUCAUUGAACUUCUUUUAAUCUUUAUUUAUCUUUAUAUGAUUAAAAUGACACAGCGAAUGCAUUUCGGUAACCUUUUACUAGGUUCCAUUAAAAAAAUAUUGGAAACCCUUUUUGUGAGGAAAAAGUUCACAAAACAAGAUUGGUAACAUAACACUAAAACUCAUAGCAGGUAAUUUCAACUUGUGAUGUGUUUUGGUAACAUGUACAAGGGACGCAUGGAAAAUAGAAAAUAAAAGUUUCUGAAAGCAGGAAUGCUAUUCAGACUUGAUGUCGUUAUUUUAUGUUCUAUUUCGCACUAAACUAAAAAAAUUGUUUGCCUAUUUUUGCGCUAGGAAACUCUUCGAGUUUACAAAGCGAACAUACACUAAAUGAAACAAGUAAUUUAGAGGUUCUUGAAAAAUAGUUUUGUAACAGGAAAUCAAACAGCAGUCAAGGUAAGUGGGAAAAAACCUAUAAACGUUUUUGUAAAUAUAAGAAAAUCAAGAAAAUUAGGAAGAGAACUAUUUGCCGAGCUCGUAAGAGAAACCAUCACACGAAGAAAUCGCUAGACAGAUUACAAGAAAUGACAUAUUAUAUUAAUAUACACUCGUUUUUAUUGUUUGCAUGAGUCUAGGAGGAAACUCAAUAACUGAAGUGUGUUGUAUUCUGCUAUUGGACUGUGCAGUAAGUACCAGAGAUGACAAAAUGGCGGCAGACCAAGACAGUUUAAACAUGUGCUGAUAUCCAGUGGAUGCGGGAUGUUUUCUCUGGUCAAGCGAGUGUUAAUUCGACUCCUCCUGUGCCUGGCCUACAUGUUCCUAUUCGGCACAGUCAUGUAUCUAGUGGAGCGCCCUCAUCAGGACAUCAAGCAAGAGAAGCAGCAAAACCUGUCAAACCUGUUUGACCACAUGAGGGCGAAGUACAACAUGACGUCACAAGAAUUUGAGAAUUUCACCAGCAUUGCACAUGCGACACUGUCGCCUAACAACAAGGCCAAGUGGUCAUACUUUCGAAAUGCGAUAAGGUUUAUGGUGGCCUUGUGCACGACUGUUGGUUACGGCGACCUCACCCCAACAUCAACUCUCAGCCGCGCAUUGACAAUGCUCAUAGCCUUGUUUGGAAUACCGCUGAUGCUUAUGACAUUGAGCUCAUUUGGAGAGCUUUUCACUACAGCGAUGGAUAAGUUCAUUAUAUUCCUAGACAAGACGAUGCUCCCCAGAGCAACAAGCCCUGAGGGGGGAGGGGAGACAAGCCCUGAGGGGGGAGGUGAGAACUCGAAGUGGGCGGCGCCCCUGAAGAGGAUGACGGGAAUAUUGCUUGUUUUGGUCAUGUUUAUUCAGAUUGGAAUUCUUAUCACGAAGACGCUGACUCCUUGGUCAUACGAGGAGAGCUUUUAUUACUGGUUCAUAACGUUUACCACAAUCGGCUUUGGGGACUACAUCAUAGAGAGAGACCAGGGAGACUGGGACCUAACUUAUCGCGUGAUGUCGAUAGCGGUGGUAAUCUACAUGCUCGUAGGGCUGUCAAUCAUGACUAGCGCGUUUAGCGUUGCGAUUGAGCUCUCGCACUCGUUGAGUAUUGGGGAAAGAUGUUUUCAAGAUAAGAGCGAGGUUAUAGAGAACAUAAGCGCCGUGAAGACGUGCCGGGCAUGUGGGUCUCCAUGGAACGAGAACGCAAGAAGUGACGUGAACUAAACAGAUAUGAUCACGUGCAAGACAUGUGAUCUCUAUGGCCCGAGAACACAUGAGCUAAGCAGAUAUGGUCACGUGGAAGAUGUGAGAUUUCAAUGGACCAAGAACACAUGAGCUAUACGGAUAUGAUCACGUGCAAGACGCGUGAUCUCCAUGGUCCGUGAACGCCAGCGUGAACGCAUUAGCUUAACAGAUAUGACCACGUGCAAGACGCGUGAACUACAUGGACCGAAAACGCAUUAACUAAACAGAUAUGAUCACGUGCAAGACGCGUGACCUAAAUGGACCGAGAACGCAUGAACUAGACAGAUAAGAUCACGUGCAAGAUGCGUGACCUACAUGGACCGAGAACACAUGAACUAUAAAAAUAUCAUCACGUGCAAGACGCGUGACGUACAUGGACGGAGAACGCAUUAACUAAACAGAUAUGAUCACGUGCAAGACGCGUGACCUACAUGGACCGAGAACGCAUGAACUAGACAGAUAAGAUCACGUGCAAGAUGCGUGACCUACAUGGACCGAGAACACAUGAACUAUAAAAAUAUCAUCACGUGCAAGACGCGUGACGUACAUGGACGGAGAACGCAUUAACUAAACAGAUAUGAUCAUGCGCAAGAUGUAAGAUUUCAAUGGACCAAGAACACAUGAGCUAUACAGUAAGAUCACGUGCGAGACGCGUGAUCUCCAUGUUCCGUGAACGCCAGCGUGAACGCAUUAACUAUAAAAAAUACGAUCACGUGUAAGAUGCGUGAUAUCCAAGGACCGAGAACACACGAACAAUAUUAAAAAUAUUUGAAAGAGUGCUUAUUUAAUAUUUGGACCGUAGACUGUUGUCACUAGAACAGAAAUGAAUAGGCACUAUAAAAUUUAUUUAUUAUAAAUGCGUUUGUUUGGGAUGAAAGUAAAAAGCAAACUUCUUACCUUGA